AUGAAUAUAUGGAAAGAUUUGUAUACAAAGCUGCAUUUAUUAUUAGCAGUUGUUGAAGGCGAAGGUUUUCAGGUCAAAGCUAAUAAGAAACAAAUGUAUGGCAAUGUAUUUGAUGAUUUAAUUUCUCAACAGAUUGAAGCUAUGAUUAUGGCUAAUAACUUUUAUUUAUCAAUAUUUUAUCCAGAGGUACCCGGCGCUAUCCAGCUACAAAAUGCAAUUAUCAGAAAGGAUAAAUUUCCAGUAUAUACAAUAACUUGGAAUCCUAAGUCGUUAAUUAACUACGCUGAUUACGUCAUUCAACACCUUGGAAAUGGGGCUUCAUUUUAUCGUUGUCAAGCUCUUUCAGACUUCAAGACACUUUCGAAUCAUCUUUCUGGAAAUUUCAAAAACGAUUAUCAAAUGGAAAAUAUGAGAGGAAGUAAUAUGUUUAAUCACCAUAUUACAGAUAAUAAUUAUAAAAAUAUAGCACAAUCUCAAAAUUAUCCAAAUUAUACUUUUCCCACAUUUAUCUCAUUAUGUAAUGAUCUAAAAUUUAAUAUUGAUCCAUCUCAAAUGUUUUAUGGACGAGGAACAGAUCCACAAAUAAAAAAUGAUGUUUCGAUUCUUAUGAAAGUAGAACAUUCACCUAUUUAUCCAUUUGACAACUAUCCUCAAGAAAAUCAUUAUUUUACUCGUAGCUCCUUUAUUCCAAAGGAGUCUGUUAAUUUUUAUACUAAUUUAUUGUCACCAAUAAAUUUAAAAUGUGAAACAACGAUACAAACAGGUCCAAAUGAAAUUGCACCAAACGACGAUUUACUUCAAUCAUUAGUGGCUUAUGCCGAUAGUUUUCAACUAGAUUCAUCUGUCUAUUCUACAAGACAUGAUGAUAAAUUUAAAAAUGAAAAACCAAAAUUGUCUACUAGACGUCGUGCACAAUCCAUGUCUUAUCCAUUUGAGGAUACAUUAUUAUUUCGUAACAAAAGUUUUGAGGAUUUGUCUUACAAUAAUAGUAAAAAAGAAUCAAAUGAAUCCUCGAAAAAACGAUGUUUAUCAAUGGAAGGAGAAAUAAAUAAUGUACCAUAUAAGCAAUAUGUUGUCUCAUCCGUUGAUCCACAAUUUUGUUUUUCUACAACAAAAAUGAUGCCUUCAUUAAAUCAACCACAAUCAUCACAACCAUUUGAUGAUUAUACAAGUACAACUGGUGGUGCUAGUGUAGAAUGGGGUUAUUCGACAGAUACAGAUUUAAAUGCUGAAUCUUAUGAUUUUAAAACACAAGAUGAUGACUAUUUCAAUAUACAUACAACGUCUAAUAUUGAUCAAUUGAAUAAAGCAUACAUUCAACAAUUGAAUGUCUUUUCAAAUAUGGGAAAUACCAUUCAUAUGAUGCCUGAUUAUGAUCCGAUUAUUAAAAUUGACAAUGACUUAACAUGCAUUAAUUUACCUCAACAACAACAACAACAACAGCAACAAGAACCAUUAUCCUCAUGGAUAAACAAUAAUACACAACAACAAAAUGUAAGUGAUUCAUUAGAGGAUAAACAAGAUAGUGAUGAGUCAUCGGCAAUCGUAAUUCAUAAAAGUACGAAGGAUUAUGUAAUGAAACAAGAAGUGGCAAUACGUCUUCUUCGUCCACCAACACCACCUCCAUCAGGUCCAAUUGUUAUUCGUGAAGUUAGAGAGAAACCCAAGCGUAUUGCAUCACCAAUUAUUAUACAAGAAAAUAAAUGUAUAAAUUCCAAAACACCAUCGCCAAUUAUUUUUCGUGAAAGACCACCGGAACCACCCGAAGUCAAAGGAACACAUAUUAUUUACAAACGUAUACCAUCAACCAGAAAUCCUAGUCCACAAAUUAUUAUUGAACGUUUACCAAUUUUACCUAUUAGAAAACCACCACCAAUUGUUAUCGAAAGAUGGUUACCCUAUCCUGAACAAAAACGUAAAGUUAUUUAUGAAAAAGCAUCACCGAUUCCUAAAAAACGUCGUUCAAAAAAAGUCAUCAUUGAAUAUAAAAAUAUGAAUGUUAUUGUCGAUAAAGUUGUUAAACAUAUUGAUGGUAUUAAUAAAACUGAUCCAGUGAGGUAUAUUAAACAGUAUGGUGGUACAUUACAUUCAAAUGAAAGUUUAAAUGAAUUAUUAAAAAAUGUUGUAGAAACAUCAAAUUGUACAAAAAAGGUUAAUGAACAAAAUGCUAACCAGAAAACCAAUGAUCAUAGAUUUUCUAAUAAAGGACAUUCUAUAACAAUGAAGUAA